AAAACGCUAGAGUGAGUGACCAUUUGUUGAGACCGUCAGUGAAAACGGUUACACGCCUACACAGAAAAACAAAUCAUUCAUUAAUACUUUACAGUCAGUUAUUAAAUUAGUCUACCGUGGAUUAUCAGCCCGUGAUCCCUCCGCAGGAGUCGAUAACCUCCUCAGUGUUUUUGAGCGAAAGGAUGAAGUAGUUUCUGUGGCACCCUGAGCUCCGGAGCUGAUCGCCAACUAACGUUACAGUAUGCGGUUUGCUGGGAAUAUAUGACAAUUUCUGAUUUUAUUCUAUCCUUCAAGGACAUUCACCCAUAGUUUGAUACAGAAAUGGUAUCGCUGACCAUUUUUUCUGUCUCUGGAUCUUUUUCAAACCACCUGAAUUUUCAUACUUGAGCAGGACUGUGUGGUUUUGGCACAUUAAUAUGCAAGCUCGAGGUGCAACAUGUCUUUGUGCAUGAAUGCUAGGCAAUCAUAACUGAUCUGGGGAAACAACAAGGGGAAACUCCCCUUCGGAAGACUUCUGAACAAUGACCGGACCAAGCGCCACCAGCAGCGGCGGCGGCGGCUCAACGGCCAAGAUCAGCAGACACGGUCGGUCCAAAAGCACCAGUACCUACUGUCACACUACGGGUCCCGCUGCUGAAACCUCCUCGUCCACUGCCGCAAACAACACCGGUAGGUCGUCCGGUGAGGAAGACGAGAAAGACGGCGGGGUCCCGUUUUUCGUGAACAGGACGGGCUUUCCCAUAGACGGUGUCACCUGGGAGAGAAUGUGGGCGCACGUCACCAAAGUUCAUCCUGAUGGACAGGAGAUGGUGGAUAGAAUACGAAAUGCAACACACCUCCCAAAACACCCCGUGCCAUCAGUUCCAAACUUUAAGCCAUCGAUGUCUGUGCCUGAUUGGCUCCAUGCCGUCCAGAACUACAUGAGAAACCUGCAAUACAACCACACGGGAACUCAGUUUUUUGAGAUUAAGAAAACCAGACCUCUGAGUGGGUUGAUGGAGACUGCCAGAGAGAUGAUACGAGAAUCACUUCCCAUCAAAUGCCUUGAAGCAGUUAUCCUUGGAAUCUACCUAACCAACGGUCUGACCUCUGUGGAGCGGUUCCCCAUCAGCUUUAAGACCCAGUUCUCCGGCCACCACUUCCAUCACGUCGUGCUGGGCGUUUACUGUAACGGCCGCUAUGGCACCCUGGGUAUGAGUCGGCGUGCUGACCUUAUGGACAGAUCUCUGAGCUUUCGUACUCUCAGCGAGUUGGUGUUCGACUUUGAGGACUCAUACCGCCGCUACCAGCACACCAUGAAGAAGAUCAAAAUCGGCCUGUACGUGCCCCACAAUCCGCAUGUUUUCCAGCCUAUUGAGUGGAACUAUCUGGUGAUCAAUGCCUGCAAGCAGGGCCGUGAAGACAUGCGCAAAGAGCUGGAGAAGCACGGCCGUGACAUGAGGAUGAAGAUCCUCAAGUCGUCCAGUGCUCAGUCUCCAAUUAAAGAACGAACCCGAGGCAAGUCUUUAUCACCACGCCGCCGAUCAGCCAGCAGUCCCCAAAGACGCCAACACGUCCACAGAAGAGACAAAUCGCCAGCAGCACUGGACAGAAAGCCAGCAGAGCUCAGCACCCUCAGUGAUGGCUACCAGAUCCGCAUCUGAGACACUACAGCACUGACGUAACAGCUUUAUCCUCCACACGUCCUCCCUCAGUCAGAUCCACCGAUGAUGUUUUUAAACACUAUUUAAUGCACAUUGUGAACUGUACAGUAUAUUAAACAUAUUUAUAGUUGUACUUCAGUGUUAGAGGUAAACUGGGUGCCCUUCUUAAAUUUAAAAGCAGCAGAGAUUCAAAAAAAAAAAAAAAAAUGUUUUAGAAAGAACAUGAUGUUCUUUUUCCAGCCAUAACAUAUUUUUAUUAGUGGAAAUUUUAAGUAGGAACCAAAAUCAGCUUUGCUAAAGAAUGUUUUACCCAAAUAAUUAUACCCCCCAAAAAUAUUCAAGCAUAUAUGGAAGAUGUGGGGGGAAGGCUGUAUUUUUAGACAGAAUCUUCACUAGCAGUGAGAGCUAGAGUGUGAAUGGAUUGUGUUUGGCAGAGUGAUGAAAACCUCGGUGCCUCGUGUUGUGGUGGUGGUAGUUUUAAAGGCUGACUGUCCCUUUUGUAGGAGAAGACAAGCUUUUUUUUGCUAGAGGCGCAAGGGACCAGAGCAUCAGAGAGCUACCCAUUCUGCCCACAAGAACUGUAUUCAAUCCAAUUUACUUCUUUUUUUUUUUUUCUUUUUUUUUUUUUGUUACCUGCGCACAGUCCCAAACACUCCUGUAAUGGACAUGAUUUAUUGACUGAAGGUUUGAGGCUAAUGUACAUUGAAGGCUUUGUACUGUUUUUUUUUUUGUUUGUUUUUUUUUCCUCAUAAAAAUAUCACGGUUGCAGUUGUAGAGAAAUAGUUUUUUAUUUUUUUGUAUUAUUUAAACAUUUUUUCUUUCUUGUUUUUACCGGUUGCUUAACCAGUACAGUGUUUUGUGGUAUGUAUUUUCAUUUCAUUUUCUUUUUUAAAACAAAAUCUCUCUGAGGUGUGAAGGUUGACGUGCUUAAUUGACCCAUCCAUCACAAAUAAUCCUAAAAUUUCCACACAUUUGUUUGGAAAAUAAAUAUAUUUCCUUUUUUGCAGCAGCAUAGAUAUAAGCCUUAUCAGCUUGGCUAAUGAAUGAGUUAAGCAGAUGAGUGGGUUCUUAUGGAGCCCCUAAAGGAACAUGGUGAUGGGAAAAAAUAUAUAUUUUUGUGUUAACUUGAAAAAAAUGUUGCUUUCCCUGGAGAAACUUUGCUGUGGGUGAACGCAAAACUUGUGAUGGAAAUAAUAUGAAGUGGGAGGAAAAAAAGAACAUUUCAAUGAUUUUGCUAGCGAGCACAAAAGUUUCUUAGGGGAAUACAAUACUUUUGCCACAAAACACAAAAGUUUCUCGGGCGAAUGUGAAAGCACUGAAAUAGAAUUUUUAUAAUAUGAAGUGUGAAGAAAAACUACAUUUUGAUGCUUUUGCUAGUGAACAAAGUUUCUCAGGGGAAUGCAAGACUUUUGCAACAGAACAGAAAAGGUUUGUGUUGGAAUGCAAAGUUUAUUAAGGAACGCAAAAAAAAAAACUCGCAAAAGACAAAGUUUCUUCAGAAAAAGCAAAACUUGCAAAAGAGCGCAAAAUUUUUUGCGAGUAAACGCAAAGUUUUUUGAGGGAAAGCAAAACUUUUGUGAGUGAACGCAAAGUUUCUUGAGGGAAAGCAAAACUUGCAAGAAAGCACAAGUUUUGUGAGUGAAUGAACGCAAAGUUUCUUCAGAAAAUGCAAAUCUUGUAAGAGAAUGCAAACAUUUUGCAAUUGAACAACGUUUCUUGGGUGAAAGCAAAACUUGCGAAAAAGUGCGAAAAUUUUGCGAGUGAACGCAAAGUUUCUUGGGGGAAUGAAAACUUGCGCGAGUAAUUGUACGCAAAGUUUCUUGGGAAAACGCAAAAACUUGCAAAAGAAUGCAAAAGUUUUGCGAUUGAACACGUUUCUUGUUGGGAAGCAAAACUUGCAAAAAAGAGUGCAACAAUUUUGCGAGUGAACAAAGUUUCUUGGGGGAAUGAAAAAUUUGCAAGAGAUCAAAUGUUUUGCGAGUGAACAAACACAAAGUUUCUUUAGAAAACGCAAAACUUGCAAGAGAAUGCAAAAGUCUUGCGAUUGAACACGUUUCUUGGGAAACGCAAAACUUGCAAAGGAGCGCGACAAUUUUGCGAGUGAACGCGAAGUUUCUUGGGGGAAUGCAAAACUUGAAAGAGAACACACAAGUUUUUCGAGGGAAUGCAAAUUUUCUUGAUGGAACGCAAAAACAUUGAAUUUAAUUCUUCCUCCCAUCUCAUGUUUUCCAUCACCAUGUCCCUUUAAGUGCUCCAUAGGUUCUAACUAUAUUAGGAAUCACCUCUUACUAUGUUCAUUCAAGUAUACACAAAAUAUUAUCUCUUUAUCAACAGCAUAUCGCUUCAAACUUUCCCACCUCGUGAGAAUAAGCUAUGCACGUGGAAAAGGUCUGCAGAUUCGUCCUUCUUGACAGCAGACUUGUCUUUAAAAUUGUAGCAGCGACAUCGUUACUGAUUUUUCAUGGGCUGUAUGAGCCGUUGCUCUCUUAGCGUUGUUUAUUGGGUGCUGUUGACUGAACUACCACAUUAUAGCUCAUUCUGCCUUGUAAUUGGUACCAGCUUUCUAUCAAAAGCUAUUGAACCACACAAGUGCCAGACCACUGAGUAUGUCAAACUCAUCCUUAAGGCUGAGGCUUUCUUCUCAGUCACAUUAAGAUAAAAGGUCAUGAAUUUCAAUGACAUAUCAAAUGUAUCAUGUUGAACUGCUCAGACCCUUUAUGGGAGAGAAGCGGUCUGCUGCUAAUUGGAAGAACGUGAAGAACAUUACAUUGUUACAGAUUUAUAUCAUUUAUAACUUGUUUGGUAACUGAUCAGAUGUGUGUGAAAUUGUGAGUGAAAAACUUUUUAUGGCAGACAAAAAACAAGUAUUAGUUGUUUGAAAAUGGCUUUCUGGUUUUAAGGAAAUGCAAUGAUCUCCCCUUAAAGGUGCUAAGACAAGACAUUUUACCCAUAUUAUAAAAUUCAAUUCUUUUAGCAUUGACUUUUUUAUGAUUAAAGAGCACAUUGAAGUGACUUUUCUGUAGCACAAUGAUUAGGAACUGAAUUUAUCUCAAUUAGUACAAGAUACAUGUUUAAUGGUAAAUAAAUAAAUAAGUGAAAUGAAUAUUCAUGAGAUUACAAAUGCUUUUGUGGAAUUUUUAUGUUUCCAUGUCUUAAAUGCAGUCUUGUCUGAAAAUACAAUCAAUUUUGAUGACUGACAAGUUUAAUCAAAAUUUUAAGGGAAAUGUUUUUUCUCAGUAAGAAUGUUAAUGAUGUGACCUUUCUCUAUUUUGAAGACCUCAUCUAAAACUUGUCCUCAUUUUUCUGUUCAGAUUUUUCGUAUUAUAAACGUACCGCCUAAAUAAGGUCUUGACCCUCAACUGUUUUAUACACAUUUUUCCUAAGCCUUACCACAGCUUGCACCAUCAAUCCUUUUUUGUUUUUAUUUUUUACCAGAAAUUUGUGUUUCUGAGUCGCCUCCAUUUCCCCAUGAGGAAACAUGUCAUUUGUUAAUCCUCUGUAGCAUGUUUUAAUAAAACUGUUUUUCUGUAAGUCUGA